AUGGCUGUCACUCCUCGCGUCGACAUGCCACGUGCGCCCGUCGUCAGGUCGCGACUGGCGCAACGACAGUGGAGCAUUUGUCUUCUCGUUUUGGGAUUAGCUGCCCUUGGAUUUGAGGUCUUUAUAUUCGAAGACCUCCGACAGGUUUGGUUCUCAUCGCCUCAACCAUUCUCCAACAUGCGCAACCUCGCUCUUCUUUCCCUGACCGGGUCCGUGCUGGGUCUCAGCCCAGAGGAAACCUUCUAUCCCCCAACGCUGAAUAACACGAGCUAUAUCAGUAAUAGCUCCAUUGGAACAUAUGGUGGCAUUUACAAGGCUCCCACCAAUGGUCCGACCGGUGGAACUCCCUACGGGACCUAUGAUUACUGUUCCAUGCCGCAUCCUCGUUCAGAGGAAUACGAACUACCUGAAGCUCUCGCCAACGGAUCAGCCAAGGGAAAGCUUGUGUACCUAGAAUAUCUGCAGCGUCAUCAAAGACGUUCGCCGUACAAUAUCCUUCCCGGCGGAGAGAACCAAGCGUAUCACUGUGACGAUGUUCGUCCAUACCUUUACGCAGGCCCCAACAGUGCAAGCGGCAUUCAACCCAUGCCAAUGUACGCGCAGACGUACGAGGAUCCCUCCAACCCGUUCAGUUCCGGCGUGAACGGCACAUGCCAGUACCCGCAGAUCACCAUCGGCGGAGUCCAGGACGGGUUCCAGCAUGGCAAAGACAUUUGGGCAGUAUACGGCGAGAAGCUUGGCCUGAUUCCUAAGAAGCCAAGCCAUCGCGUUUGGUUCCGCUCCAGCGAGUCUGCCCUCACUCAGGCCUCUGCCGGCGCGGUUCUGCGCGGCGUCUGGCCUGACUAUCAGGGAGCUUUACCGUUGCAUCAGAUGGUUUCAUCAGUUGAUACUGUUAAUGAGGGAUACUCUUGUUCUGCUGUCAGCUCAACCCUUUCCAGUUUGCAGUCUACUGCGCAGUGGAAGGAACAUUUGGCUGUCACUGAGGAGCUGCGCUCGAAGCUGGGCUCGAUGCUUGGCGCGACGGAUAGUUCGUGGCAGAGCACCUUUGACCACUUCUCGGAUAACUUCCAGGCUCGUCUCUGUAAUGGAUAUGAACUACCUUGCAGUGUGUCGAACUCUUCGGCGUGCGUCACAAUGGAGAUGGCCCAGGAGGUUUUCCGUGCUGGUGACUGGGAGUGGAACUAUUAUUGGCGCACAAACCCGGAUGUGGUCAAAUAUAUCCAGGCCGUUGAAGGUCUGUUUAUUGGCGAGAUUGUUUCUCGUCUACAGGCUGUCCAAGACGGUACAUCGUCUCUUGAUUACAGCCAUAUUUUCGUUCAUGAUGGUGAUAUUGGUCCUAUAUUGGGUGCUUUGGGGAUUGAAGCGCUUCGCUGGCCGGCUAUGGCAUCCAACAUUGCUUUCGAGGUUUGGGAAGUUCAUGGUCAUGAUAAAAAAUCUUUCUAUGCUCGGGUACUGUACAGCGGCCAUCCUGUGCGAAGCAUUCAUGGUGUUCUUGACUGGGUUCCUCUCUCAGAUCUCAUCGAUAACCUGAGUCCAUAUGUCCCUACCGACAUCACUGCUCUCUGUGGAUGA